AUGGAGCUGCUGCCGCCGCCGCCGCCCCUGCUGCUGCUGCUGCUGUGGGCCCCGCUGCUGGGGGUCUGGUGCGGGCUGCGCGCGGCCUCCGCCGAGCGGCACACGGUCUUCUGGAACAGCACCAACGCCAAGUUUCAGAAGGAUAAUUAUGCCAUUGAAGUGCGUUUGAAUGACUACCUGGACAUUAUCUGCCCUCACUAUGAGGAGGAAGGUGUCCCUCCGCACACCAUGGAACGCUACACCUUGUACCUGGUGGAGCAAGAGGAAUACGAGACGUGUAAACCUCAUUCCAAGGAGCAAAUCCGCUGGGAAUGCAACCGGCCGGACGCCCUGCAUGGCCCUGAGCGCUUCUCGGAGAAAUUCCAGCGCUUCACGCCCUUCACACUUGGGAAGGAGUUUCGGGAAGGUCAUGAAUACUAUUAUAUCUCAAAACCGAUCCAUCAUCAUGGAGACAGCUGCCUCAGACUGAAGGUGCUGGUGGCGGGGAAAAAUGUUCAGAUGCCUCCUGGCCACGGUCCCACACAGAAGGGGCGUCUCCAGUCAGAUGACCCCGAUGCCCCGAUGCUGCGCAGCGUGGGGCAGAAUUCGGCCCCCCGGCCGUGCAGCCCCUUCACCUUCGUCAGCCUCUUGCUCCCGCUGCUUAUGGCCCACGGACCCUGACAGAGCCCUGCCCUGUGACUGGCCUACCCAGGACUGAGCUGCGAGCGAGUGGGAACGGGCCUCCUGCCAGCCCCGGCGAGUGCUGCGAGCCAUGCACCUAGUCCUCUCCGAGAAGCUGCGGACUGGCCAGCAUCAGCGGGACGGACGCCCGUGGCCUGUAUGGUCGGUGGAGGUGCUGAGUGGAGCGACGUGGCAGAGAGCCCCUGGACGACCGUGGACUUGAUGGGGCUUCCGUUUGACUCGCUGGUGAAGAGGAGGCGGCGCUGGCUGGGCCCAGCGGGGCGGGAGAGGCGUGGACUGGUGCCACGGCGGCAGAGCCUGCGGCCCCUUGGGUGGCACAGGACUAUGGCGUCACUCCCGUUCUGCCGGCCCCCUUGGACUGUGUACAGUGUGAAUAAUUUAUCGGACAAUAAACAGGCGGGACCUGGAUUUGAGGGAAGCUGCUCUGCUUGUGCGCCCCUUUCCGAAUCCCCCGAUUCUCUCUCCCGCUCCCUUUGGCUAAAGCGCAGGGCAUCUCCGCUUUAGAUGCAAACAAGGAGCCAGACGGCUCCGAACCUGUCAGACCAACCCACAUGUCCUUCUCACCCAGUAUCCUGCUUCUGACGGAGGUCAGCCAGAAGCGUUCGGGAAGCUUGCCAGCCAGACAGGCAGGCAGGCGAUGUCUCAUUUUCCCCUCCACUUAGACCCGUAGGUGUUUUGGAUGACUGUUCACACAACCCCUUACAAUGGGCCAUGCUAACUGGGAUUGAUAGGAGUUGUAGUCCCUACCAUAUGGAGGCUGCCAGGCAGCGACAUCUCCAUUCUCCUAAAAUGUUCAAGCCCAGAAUCUUCCUGAGUUCCUGAAACUGGGCCUUCUCCUCUCCAGGCUGGGGUUUUCUAUUUCUUAACCUGUUCCUAAUUUUUUUCCAAUGGGACAUCUAUGGAGAACAGAAGGGGAUGCCCUUGCUAUUGCGUCACAGAAACAGAGGAUGGAUUGAUGACAAAAGGACCAAAAGAAAAAAAAAUAUUAAGAGGAGAGAGGAGAUCAUUCUUAAAGCUUUAUAUUGCUGGAUGUUUUUUAUACAGAAUAAAUAAUCCAAAAUGAA